AUGGGCCUGAAGAUGAAUGAACGACUCAUUAUAGUCAUUGGUCUCUUUUUUCUUGCAACUGUUUCGUUUUUUUCAUUAUUCCUACUACCAUCCAGUGGCACCGAUAAACUUAUCAGCAAUGAGCAUAUCGUGCCUCGCGUUAGGGAUAUUUAUGCUCGCUGCGGAACUACGAAGAAAAGCCGAACAGCAGGUGAUCUACCCAUCGUUUCAUGUCAAUACUGCAUGACUAAAUUCGCGUGGGACAGUUACAGAAAAUAUGCAUGGGGAUCGAACGAGUUACGACCAAUUUCAAAGAAAGGUCACUCUUCGUCGAUAUUUGGUAUGGGAGAGAUGGGCGCAACAAUCGUGGAUGCUAUUGAUACUCUCUGGAUUAUGGGCCUUAAGGAAGAGUAUGAACAGGCACGAAAUUGGAUUCAACACAACUUAGAUUUUGUGCUAACAGCAAAAGGUGAUUUGUCCAUUUUUGAAACGAAUAUCCGAUUUAUUGGAGGGCUUUUGUCCGUAUACGCACUUACGAAUGAUAAGAUGUACCUUGAAAAAGCGGAAGCAAUUGGGAAGCUACUUUUACCAGCUUUCGAUACUCCUACAGGAAUUCCAUACGCUCUUGUUAAUGUGAUUACCGGUUCGACUAAGAACUAUGGUUGGGCAAGUGGUGGAUGCUCGAUUUUAUCUGAAUUUGGUUCGCUCCAGUUAGAAUUUGAUUAUCUGUCAGUACUAACAGGAAACAACAUUUUCUCAAACAAGGUCCAACGCAUUCGUGAAUUUCUAAGUGAGGCUGAAAAGCCAAAUGGUCUCUAUCCUCUUUAUCUCCAUCCCAAGACUGAUUUUUUGCUACAUUUGAUGUUUUCAGUGAGUGACAGUUUCUACGAAUACCUUUUGAAACAUUGGCUGAUUACUGGUAAGAGAGAUACACACACUAAGAACGAGUAUGAUGCAGCAAUUUUUGCUAUGGAGAGAAAGAUGUUAUUUCGAAGCAAGAAAAGCAAACUUUGGUAUUUCGCAAAUCUUCACGGUACUCGAGUAGAACAUAAAAUGGAGCACCUUGCAUGCUUCUCUGGUGGGAUGUUUGCUCUCCAGUCAGCGAAUGAAGCGAAUUCCACUGUGGCGGCUCAUUACUUGGAACUUGCUGAGAAGUUGGCCCACACAUGUCAUGAGUCUUAUAUCCGUAGCGGUACGUUUCCUUCUUCGUGUGAAUUAUUUUUUAAGACUUCAAGCACUUCUUAUUUUCUAACAAUUUUACAGCCAUUGGUAGUGGAAACAUGGUUUUACCUUUGGCGCAUCACAAAACAGGAGAAAUACAGACAAUGGGCAUGGGAUGUUGUGGUAUCCCUAGAGAAAUACACAAAGGUGGAAGCGGGAUAUUCUGGGAUUGUCGACGUAUACUCGUUGCCUGUGAAUCACGACGAUGUCCAGCAAUCGUUUCUAUUUGCAGAACUCUUCAAGUACUUAUAUUUAAUUUUCGCUGAUGACAGUACUUUGUCAUUGGAUCGAUGGGUGUUCAAUACGGAAGCUCACCCUUUUCCAGUUCGGAUUCCAUAG